CUGGCUGGUGUGUGGCAAAGCAGCUCUUACUGCACAGCAGCUUAUGGUGGACUUCAGCUGCAGACUAAGACAGGGGAGGACAUGGGAGCGUGUGGAGGAAGUGAGGGACACCUCUCACUCCCUCUGUGAUGAGCUGUCUCCCUCUGAGAGCACGUGGAGGUCCUGACAACGGCCUCACCAAAGCAUGCUCAUCUUCCUGUCAACAUUCAGAGUGGAGAUGUGGCUCAGCUCUAACCCCACACCACCUUCACACGUUUCCACAAUGGAAAACUUGCACUCUGUCUGAGGGCGUGCGGCGAGUUGGACCCGGGCCUGUUCCGACAGGCCUCUGGAGGGAGCCAGGUCUGGGAGUUACACAGCUCGACGACCCGGGACACGCUCCGGAGAAGACUGUCGAUGACCAACGCCACAGUUGCUAACGUGUUGACCAAAACACAAAAGGGGAUGAAGCACAAGUGAACUCAUUCUGCAACACAUUCUUGGUGACUUAUUCCUCCCACUAUUAAAGACGUCAUGCUGACGGUGCAAGCUGGGACCUGACCCGACAGUCAGGUUCCUCUCCACGCUGCUGACUCUUGUCCUCUGCACCGACGGGAGACGUAAGUGUAGCUGAAGUCCUCCACCCACCCAACCUCUGACUUGGAACCGUCUGCCAACUCAUCAUCCCCUUUGACCUCUAAAUCACCUUGAAUAUCGGGUGGGUGGACUCAGAAUAAAGACCCUGUUAUUGCUGCCAUCAUGGACACAGCCACUGAUUAAUUGAAGAAGUAUUUCUCCUGGCGGUUCUGUUGGAACACCAGGACCAGAGUCUGAGGUCCGAGUGGCCCACACCAGAUCCCUGUUGACUCCUGGAGCCAGCAAGCAUGACCUCGCCUCAGGAGACUGUUGAUAAUGGAAGCUCAGCUCCUGAGAGAGAUGUUUCUCUGUCCAUCUCGAUGUCUAAUCUCAGCUGGGUUCAUGAACUGCCGGGUGCCGUCCAGUAAACGGUACCAACCGACCCACUACGAGCAUGCCGCCAACUGCGCCACACACGGGUUGUGGAUCCUGCCGAGCCUGCUGGGCGGGUCCGUGCUCUACUUCCUGUCCACGGACCGAUGGCAACGAGUGGCGGCCGGGCUCUACGGGGGCGGGCUCACCGGACUCUUUGUCACCUCCACGCUCUUCCACACAGCGGCCUGGAAGAUCAGCCACCUCAGGACUGUCGAGCAGCGCUUCCACAUGUGCGACCGCAUGGCCAUCUACUUCUUCAUCGCCGCCUCCUACACUCCCUGGCUGCUGCUGCGGGAGCUGGGGCCGUGGGCCAGCCACAUGCGCUGGCUGAUCUGGCUCAUGGCGUGCGCUGGGUCCACCUACGUCUUCUUCUACCACGAGAGGCACAAGCUGGUGGAGUUGAUGGGCUACGUGACCAUGGGGGCCAUCCCGGCGCUGGUGCUGCUCUCCAUGGUGGACCGCUCGGGCAUUGGUGAGCUGGCCACUGGGGGCGUCCUCUACACGCUGGGCGUCUUCUUCUUCAAGAGCGACGGCCUGGUCCCGUUCGCUCACGCCAUCUGGCACCUGUUCGUUGCCGCAGGAGCGGGCGUUCACUACUAUGCCAUCUGGUGGUACCUGUACCUCCCUGCACCUCUGCUGCAGACCUCCAGGUGACCCGCUGCCAGGGGAGCAGGCCGUGCUGCAGACAGAGGGUGGAGGUAGCAAAUCUACCUACCUGCCGCGGGUUGAUGACGCCACACCCGCCGCUGCGAUCGUGUUUUAAUGAGCCCCGCAGACAGUUCCUCCUCUGAAGGUACAUUUCCCAGCAAGGACACCAGGAAGAGGAGCUGACUCUGCAAACGACCUGAUGACAGACCUCAUUUUUUGUGGAUAUAAAAGUGUGUCUGUGUUAGAAAGUACCAUGAAACCCUUAAUUUCAAGUUUCUCUGGCUCAGCAUUUUCAAAACCAUGAUCGUAGUCACCGGAUGUGACGGCAUCAGCCCAUCAGCUCAGUCCGUUCCAACAGCGGACCGAUGUGGUUCCUGCACCGGGUCCAAAUGCCAGUUCAACGUGAAAUACAUGGAUGAGGCGCGAGCUCGCUUGACGGAGGAGCGGCCUUCACUAACGUGCCUUUCACUGACUCACGAAAACACCCUACGUGUGGGGUAGUUGUCAUGGCAACCCCUCUCCGGCCGUUGCUCUGAAAACAAGAUCCAAGCCUUCUGUUAAAAUGUGAUGGGGUUUAUUUGUUUGACCUUUCACCCGCCCAGUGCCAAAGAUUGACUCCGCAGGAGAAACACUGGCCCACAUGGCGCUUUAAUCUUGCACUUGAUGGUGAUCAAAGCUGGUUUUGUUCAUGGACUUGUGAUGCUGAAGCAAAUCAUAGAAAUCAUGUACAAAUAUGAUUCACUAUCUAAAGAAGCAACAGAAGAUCCUGAUCCAUGAUCCUGACAGAACAAUAAAUAACAUAAUGAGCUCAAUUGAGCGAUUCGUCGUGACAUUGCUGAUGUGAACGCUGAAUGCAUCAAAGUUGAUAUUUCAGAUUGAGCUAGAGAUCAAGUUUCUCUGGGAGCCAGCAAUGCUUAGUGCUCCUGCUGGGGUGGAUCAGACCCUUCCUUCCUGGUGUCACUGACCCACUGGGUCACUCUGGUGGGAGCAUGUCAACACCUACUGCACCUGCUGCAGAAAAGAACGACAUGGCCUCGUGGUUUCUUUCAUCGAGCGUUUAUGUGCUGGAAAAGGCAGUCAUGGCGAGCGUCACGGCGAGGGCGUGAGGCCGGUCAGGGCCCGCAGCUGUAGGGGCGUGGCCACGUUGAUGUCCCGGUGCCACUGGGGAGUGGAGAGCUGAGGCGGGGGGGUCAGCACGCUCUGAGCCACCCCAGGGCUCUUCAGCAGGGACCACAGCUCUUCUCCCAGUGUCACAAUGGCGUCCAGGUCCUCCUCGUCGGGGCACCAGACUGGACUGGCUCUGGACCCGGACCUCAGCUUGGAGAGGAAGAGCGACACUCUGGAGGAGAAGAAACACACGCUGAGCUCUCGCGCUGCUGCGGGACACUCGGUCUGCACUGACCUGGGGAUGAGGUCAUGUGACCGGGACGCCAACUUGGCCAAGGCACUCAUGAGCGUGGUGAUGACUCGAGGCGCCGGGCAGUCUGAACCCGGGGGCGGCGACGAGGAGGUGAUCUCGAACAGCACGGCCUCCAGCGCCUCGAAGCAGGCCGUGAUGAGGGACACCGAGCAGCGAGAGUCGCAUGACGCAGACAGGUACUCCCCCAGGACCCAGACCUGAGCGCACCAGAACGUCAGGGCACCGCCCCAAGACCGGACUGAGCCAGCUCCCAUUACCACGUGUGUGUAGAGCUCCUCUUUCUUGUAGACGUUGGCCGAGGUGCCGCCAAACUCCAGCAGUUCGUGAGACUGGUCCACCACCAGAGACGGGUGGAGCUUGCAUAGUCUCAGCAGAUGGCAGCUGAACACUCUGCAGACAGGGGGAGCAGUUCAUCGUUGCGUCAGGAUGCCGCCACACGCCAGUCUCACCUGUGAACCUGCUGGAUGUACUUGGGCACGUUCAGCAGCAGACUACUGCGUUCCAGCUGCACCUGCAGCAGGUGAGCCAGCAGCCGCUCGUCGGCGACCUGCGGCAGGACAGGAAAGGCUGUCAGGGCUCAGCCGGAGCAGAUCGCCGCUCUACUCACCGCCACCACGGCGUCGAAGUAGAUGUGCAGCAGCGGCGGGACAACCUGGGAACACUGGAGCACCCGGGGCCACUCGGCCGCUUCAGAGAGGAGACUGUGGAGGGAGCUGAGGCGGUCGAUGGUGUCGCCUGCAAGACAGGAUCGAGCAGAGCUGGAGCCACCGGGACCAAGGUUUGUCCUGGCCAUGUGCUCCAGACCCCACAGCACAGCAGUCUGCCCAAACCCCAGAGCCACCACAGCAGCAGCCACAGACGGAUCCAACCACACCUCGCUCUUCACAUGAGAUUCCUCAGCAUGAUGGUAGUAAAGGCUUAAUAAACCUGAUCCUGAUUCUCCUCGUAGCAGGAAAAGGAAGAGUCCUCUCAGGGUUGGGUUGCGAAAGGCAUCCAGGGACCUGAAGGUCCGGCCCCCCUGCUCAGAGAUGGCCAGGCUGGCUGACCUGCAUGCAGAAAGGAGGGGCCAUGGGAGGAUGCACCAGCUGAAUCGGGUGUGACGGACCUGAGCUGCAGGAUGAGCGUGGCGCUGAGGCACGGCAGGUCCAGCAGGGUGUGCAGCAGCUCCACUGCAGUUCCAGGGGUCACCAGAGAGGGCAGCAGGUCGACAAAGUCCUCCACAACAGCCGCACUGUCCCAGGCCAAGAACUGCGUGGAGGAGAGCAGUGUAAGUGGCGGGAGCUGCAGGGGCCAGGUGCCGCUUUACCUUCAGCAGGUUUGGGAAGGAGCGGGUGUAGAGGGGGACCCGCAGCUCCAGGCUCUUCACGUUGACUCGGAGGAAGCGUAGGAGCUCGUGGGCCAGGAAGGGGUCAUUGAAA